AUGUACACCAGCCGCACCAGCCCCCAGGUGGACCCCAAGCCGCACCAGCCCUCAGGUGGACCCCAAGCCGCACCAGCCCUCAGGUGGACCCCAAGCCGCACCAGCCCUCAGGUGGACCCCAAGCCGCACCAGCCCCCAGGUGGACCCCAAGCCGCACCAGCCCUCAGGUGGACCCCAAGCCGCACCAGCCCUCAGGUGGACCCCAAGCUGCACCAGCCCUCAGGUGGACCCCAAGCCGCACCAGCCCUCAGGUGGACCCCAAGCCGCACCAGCCCCCAGAUGGACCCCAAGCCGCACCAGCCCCCAGAUGGACCCCAAGCCGCACCAGCCCUCAGGUGGACCCCAAGCCGCACCAGCCCUCAGGUGGACCCCAAGCCGCACCAGCCCUCACGUGGACCCCAAGCCGCACCAGCCCCCAGAUGGACCCCAAGCCGCACCAGCCCUCAGGUGGACCCCAAGCCGCACCAGCCCUCAGGUGGACCCCAAGCCGCACCAGCCCCCAGAUGGACCCCAAGCCGCACCAGCCCUCAGGUGGACCCCAAGCCACACCAGCCCCCAGAUGGACCCCAAGCCGCACCAGCCCCCAGAUGGACCCCAAGCCGCACCAGCCCUCAGGUGGACCCCAAGCCGCACCAGCCCCCAGAUGGACCCCAAGCCGCACCAGCCCUCAGGUGGACCCCAAGCCGCACCAGCCCCCAGAUGGACCCCAAGCCGCACCAGCCCUCACGUGGACCCCAAGCCGCACCAGCCCUCACAUGGACCCCAAGCCAUACCAGCCCCCAGAUGGACCCCAAGCCGCACCAGCCCUCAGAUGGACCCCAGAUGCUCUCGGGCCACUGA